AUCAAUUCUGUCUCAAAUAGACAUUAAAUAGUUCAGCGUCUUUUAAGACGUAUCUUUCAUAAAAACGUGCGUUGGCGUCGGGAAUUCGAAAUGUUUUCAGAGGUAAGUAUUUAUUGAAGUUUCUAUUUAAGCCAGUGUGGGGUAAAAAUGUCUUAAUGGGAAAACUACGUAGUUUCACUGCAUUCAAAUUCACGGGAUUAAGACAGAAAUGCGUGGGAAGUAUCUUGGAGUUAGGCAUUUUGGAACGGCUCAUUAAUGAGAGGGGAUGUCUAAAGGACGAAAUAACUAUUGUUAGACCCAGAAAAAAAGCUCUUUCUGCCAACUAGAAACGGUCUUUAUGAAUAGGAAAACGCUGAGGGUUUCUAAUGAUCAAAGCAUUAAGAGACAGAAUCCAAAGUUCAGAGUUUUGUUGUUCUGCUACAAGAAGAGAUAAGCCCUUUUGCUGGGGUCGUCACAAUUUGCCGGCCCCGUUUUCCGAGCCAAGGAGAAAACAUACGCCUUAAAAAAAUGGCAGCAUGAAAAUAAACACAGGUUUGACCAACCAAUGCAUAAACAUCACUCAGUUAGAAGUAUCCUCAGUACCUUAUCCUAUUUUGCAUUUCUUCAUUUCGCUUUCAAUUGACACGACUUUUUAACGAUUGGCCUUGCUUUUCAAAUUGUUCUCAUGUUUAUGCUUGUGCAGCUAGCUCAUUAACUAAUCAUGAUAUUGCAGAUUUAGAGAGAAUGAGUUGCGUGUUCGUAUCCUACAGAAAUGUUUGUUUGACAAAUAUGAUCUUUAUAAAUCCUAGGAAAAAAGUUCAUCUUCAUUAAGCUGACUAUUGACUGUAAAUAAAUAGAAACUUUGAUUUUUGAGGCAAAAAAAUGUAUGAGAGAAAAUUGUGAGUAGCUUGGUUGUUAACUUAAUUGUGGAUGUAAUCAUCCUGCUUUCGUUUUUAACAGCGCAUCCAGUUUGAAGAAAAAGCAUUCUAGUUUAAGCCAAAACCUGCUGGUUUUCUGAAACGGAAAUAACAUGUAGUAUCAGUUUAAGCCGUAAAAAGACGUUUUGUUUCACUUCAGUGUUCCUUACCCGUUUUUCGCUUAACUAAUACAUGUGAAAAGUAAUAUUGAUCACAAUAAACCGAGUGGAUUUUCAUGCCAUUAUUACAAAGCCUUUUUAAAUAGCCUCAAAUCGCUUUCUUUGUAUUGAAAUUUAAGCAAAAUCAUCCGUCAUAUCCAAGUUAGGACCCCUGCCUUAAUUUCCAUGCAGCGUGUCGGAUUGAUUAGUCUCAAUAACAAUAAAUGUAGAACCCUCAGAAUUCAAAAUGCACUAAACAAACAAACGUAUAUGGUGUUGGAAGCAUUAUAUUUCCGAUAGAGGUCUUAGUCACUCUAACCUGUCUUUAAUACUAUCUGUUUGCAUUUCAACUUUUUGAAGACAUUGAGACGUUUGUUUUAGUUAAAUCAUCCCUUUCACGCUCUUUGGGCCCGUUUCUUCAAAGUCCCGGUAACUUUCCGGGCCCGAAAGCAAGUAAUAUACUGUAAUCACAAUCAAAAGAAUAAAAGCGAGGAUGCAAGCUAAAAAAAACCAUUUUAUUUUGUCAAUUGUAAAGUUAUCAUUUUAUCUCCAAAAACUACAUGAAACAUCAUUUUCUUUGCUUCAUGGUGUCGGGGUCACAAGGUGUCUGACCUUCUCUUCAGGCAAGUUUUACAGUAGAGGGAUUUUCCAGAUUUGUGAUGGAUCCGAAACAUUUUGAUACCAGAUUUCUUUUAAUGGUCGUUCAAGAAACGCAGAUGUGUGUAUCUGAAAUCAGUAAAAACGUUCCAGUUUGAUCGCGUCCCCGAAGAUGUUGAAUGAAGUGAAUACCUUGAAUCCGAUUACUGUUCAAUCGUCAAUGUUUUGCUGUCAUUCUUCCAAUAAAUUGGCCGGAUGCUUUUCGCCUGCGAUGAUCAGGGACGGCGGAGCCGAGGGGUCUAAAAGCCCCCCCUCCACUUUUCUAGAGGAAAAAUUUUUUUGUUUAAGUAGGUACGUGCUGUAAGCACUAGAAGUGCCUGUCAUUUUACACCUUAUCCAGGUUGAGAUUUUUUAGAGAAAUAUCUCAUUGAGAAUGUUGAAAAUACCAUUUCUGAGCCUCUAGAUUUCAAAAUUUUCUGGAGGAAGAUUCCUCCCAAUCCCCCAACCCAACCAAUACGUGUCUCCGGCGCAAGUUUUCAAGCGCAGUCCCCCCAGUUGAAAUUGCGCUCCGCCGUCCCUGAAGAUACGAAUUUGGUGAACGUAAUCGGCGGCAAACAGCCAAAAUGCACGAUAACCGUUUUCGCGCAUGAAUAUCCACGGAUUUAUCGAUGUGUGUAAUUGGUUGGGAAUCCGUAUACGGUUAAUAGUACAAACGCCAAAGCCUGCGAAUCCAAAACCCUUAAUGUUGUACUAAAAUUGUAACUUUGUAACUUUGUAACUUUAUUUGAUUUACCACAAAAUACAAAUAACGAUAAAACAAGACAGUUACACAAAAGCAAAUGAAAGUGGCGAGGAAGCCCAAAAAGAAACCAUGAGGCUUAUAGAAAUUGGGCUCCCUCAGAGUAAAAAUAAAGUUAACAGUAACAGUAAGGCCAGGAUCGAAAGUCAAAUACAAUGAAGGUAAGUAUAAAUUAACUAAUUACAUAGACUGAGUUGACAAAAUAUAAGGUAACAUUAACAAAUCCGGAUAAAUCUCGCCUACGGGAUUCCAUCUAGCCAGGAUCAUUUUUAAAUCUCAAUGCUUUAAAAUUAAAGGCGUGUUUGAUUGAUCGUAUUCGGGAAUAAGAAUGCGUAAAAAUUUUGUUACAAAUCUCUUCGUACAUUAUUUUUGGGCCAUUAAACUUUAUAUGCAACAGAAUACGUGUAAUAAAGUGGCUAAAGCCGUUAAUUUUGUCUCUUCGUUAUAUCUUCUUAUGCAACAGAAUAUUUUAUUUCAAGCAGUUUUGUCAACAUUGGAACACAAUAGAGAGCUUUAGACUUGCGGACGAGAAAGACUACGAGUUCGAGAUUUAACCUAAAGAUUUUUCGCGUAUUCUCAAGAAAAUCAGAUUCAAUCCUGAACUUCAUUGUUUUAUUUUUUACUUGAAAAGUUAAUGCAGUUAUUUUCUAUUGGAGAGCGUUUAGCCCUUUCUCGGUCUCAAAAUUAUUAAACUCAGUAAAAUCAUUUUGAUAACUUGUUCCCGCCACUAUGACACUCGCGCUAAAACUCGUAGUAGAAUGAUGACGGCUAUAACGUUUUCCCGCCAAAAUUGCGUUGGCUCACGCAAGAGCACUACUUAGUAUUGAGAAAAUCUCGUAUUCGUAGUCGUCCUCGUCUCAGCAGCUAAAGCUCUCUAAUAUUAUGCAUCAGUCAAUUCCAACUGCGCCCAGCCCCCCCCCCCGGGCUACUGCGGGGUGUUUACCCGCCUUGUCAGUCCCGGGGGUGGGGCAUUUGCAAAUUUUGCACUGCCCGGGGCCGGGCAUUUGCCAACCCCCGGGCCAUUCCCGAGCUUUUGACACGCACGUGGUUUCCUAUCAGAAUAUAACUACACAGAAGGUUUUACUGGAAAAAAAAGCAGAUUGGCUCAUCUGUCAAGGACAGGAAUAAAUUGUAGAGGGUUGUAAAGGCCAGUUCACGAUUUUACAUGUAUGUAUGCAUUUCUUCAUUGCUUAUCAAGCCAGAAUUACAUAGCGAAAUUGGAGCUAUCGAUGUGAAUCAACGUUUUUUGGUUAUUGAAUCAACUUUCUGUUAAUAUUAUUUGAAGAACACCCUUUCAUAUUUAUAAAACUAUUCAUAACAUAUAACUUUACAGCGCUUUGUUAAUUUUAAUGUCAAUACUUUUAUAUCAAUACUAAAACCAUAAACUGGUGCAUGUCGUGGCGGCGUGAAGUCUUAAUUAGAAUAUAAUCCCAGCGCUAUUACAAAGGAAGACGUUAAUUGAAACAAAAAAUCGCACAUUAAAAUGGCACUAUUGGACUGUGUGAUCAAUAAAAAAUGUUGCACUGUUGACGGAGGACGGGGCAUUUGCCCUCUUUUUUCGUCCCCACCCCAGGGGAUUUGCCAGCUCAAGAGUCCCCACCCCCGGGAAUUUGCCAUCCAAGGCAAAAAAAAAAUGCCUGGGCGCAGGUGGAAUUGACUGAUGCAUGACUGCAAAACUAGACAACUGAUUUCUAGCGUUUAUUCUAUUUAUUCUUAUGCCGGAAUACGGUUAAUCGAACACGCUUAAGUCGUUCCAGUUACAAUAAGAUUGCACAUCAUGGCCCGCUCAAACAAUUUCAAAUGGUAUGUGCGCGUCUUAAGUCACAUUUUGUCUUAAAAUAGUUUAGUGGUGCUGUUUUAAUUAAUAAUUUUAAUUUUAAUUUUAAUAAUAAGUAAUAAUUUUCAAUUUUAGUUCUUUCGUUAUGCAAGUCUUUGCCAGUAGAAAGCUCAACUCUAGAUAAUGAAUGUGACAAUCUCUACCUGUAUCCAAAAUCAAGUGAGAAUAAUGUAAACAUCCUCUUACCGGGAACUCUGACUAACCCCCCUCCCUCGCCCCCCAAAACUUACACAUUCUGUACUCUCACCUCUAUACCUGGAACUUCUACGCUUUUUCUACAGCUAACAAACAAGCCGGACGCGAUUAAUCUGCGAUUACCUCGAGUGUAAACUUCUAUACUGAAAAUUAAGCUACACGAGUUUAACAUGAGUUUGACAUUGUUGUCAAGCGAAAUGAUUUUUCCCUGAUCAGAGCCUCAAGGCUCGCCGAAAGACUGAUUACCAAAAUAAUAUAUAUCUUAUUAGUUGAUGCCAGAUUCGAAACGUCGAACGUUGCCUGUAACGAACCUAAUGUUGAAGAGAAAAAUUUAUUGUUUUAGUUUAUUAUCAUUACGUUCGCCCAUGUGAAGCUCAACGGUUGACCUUAGCCUGAUCGAAUUUAGAGACUCAAACAAUAAAAGUACCAAACGUCUACUGAUAUACGUUACAGAUGAGCUGAAAUAUCUAGCGUUGUUUUCUUAUACCAAAGGACCAAACAAAAGCGAAAGAGAAUUUAAGUUAAAUAGUCCUCGCAAGCGUUUUCUCGCGUUUGACACAUGUUUUGAUUUCUUGCGCUUCCUCCAGAGUUGACUUGGAUGUCCGAGUUGCAACGAUUUGCUUGGCUUUAUAUUUGCCUCAGCAAGAUCUGAUUGGUUGUUUAAAUCAUCUAAUCAAUGAAAUUUUUGGAUCAUCCAAUGAUAGGUCUUGCUAAAGAGAAAUGGGUUCUAUGUGCUGUUUAAGAACGUUUAUCAUUUUACGACAUUUAAUUUCAAACCACUCAAGUAUGGAACUAGAUAAAACUCGUACCAAAGUUGACGUACCUUCAACUUCAAGUUACCAAAAGGUGAUAGCGGAUCUACACGCGCACGCGGCACAAGUGAGUCCACAUAGCUAAGAAAUUUGGUUAUCUAUCCAUCUGAGAAAUUUUAGUUACGUGACCAUACCGUCCACCCGUCCGCCCACACCACAGAGUAACCAAUGUGAAAUCUCACACUUUCUACCUAGUGUGGGAGGUUGCAACAUGAAAUUCCACAUCCAUGUUGUGGCCAAUUGGCAGCUGUCAAAACAGGGUAUGUGCUGACCAACAUCACAUGACCGUAGCGCGGGCUCAGGUGUCGACUCAUCGAGGUUGCGAGUUUUUUGAAGUUAUCCGCUUACAAGUUGCUGGUUUUCAACUGAUCGCAGGCUCAACUCCAAGUGGAUUUCUUUGCAAUGAUUGCAAGUGUAUCGUUUGAAGUAAAUUACAAAUUUACCAACGGGUGCUUCGCCUUUAGCCUUGGCUAAAUCUAUAUAUUAGACUUGAAUUUUUUUUUUUACAGCGUGGUCAUACUAUCCUCUUCCUCGGCGUGGCCGUGGUUAUUGCUCUAUUCCCGUAUGUCAUCACUAUGCCCAUCAAACGCCAAGUUUGCCCUCACAUCAAAAACUAUCAUCAUAUGAACAGUUCAGAGCCCUUGCCAAUACGAAUCAACUACCAGAUCUUCAAAGUGACUUCGAAUUUUCCUUCAAACGUGCAAAUUGUGCAGCUAUUUUGCAAGACAGGAUAUUUUCUAGGGUUAAAUAAUAUCGCCAAGAAGAAUCGAAUUGUCGGAAUUCUGAACCAAUCAAGUGAAAACAGUAAGUUUUUCCUGAUUAUUUGUCGUUCUUUUAAUUUACAUAUUUAAAUAAAGGUCUCAUUUAGCAUAUAAUACAAGACAAAAUUCACCGGAUAAAUAUAUUCUUUAACAUCAUCUCACAGGAGAAGCAGAGUGAUUCUCAGUGAUUCUCUGAAGCACAAAAGAGAGGACAUACAGAGGACAUACUAUAAUCUGGAGCGAGCAACUUCCGUGUACUCGUGUCACGGCGUUUUCACGGACCAGGUUGUUUUUUUAGAACGGUUUUGGCGCGAAUUUAGAAUAUCUUUUGAGUCCCAUAAACCAGUCAGCAAGACCUACAGACCUAAAAAUAAUAAUUUUUGCCUUUUAAUGACGUUACGUUUUCCUUUUUGAAAUCUUAUACUUCGAAUGCGUUCAUAGACGUGGCGGAGAUUCCAUUUUUGCGGAAAAAUUGCCCUAAAAUGUGUCUAAAAAUAGACUGGUUCGUAAAAACGCCGUGACAUAGGCCUAGUUUGAGAGUUGCUCGCUCCGGGUUAUGGGCUCCUUGAUUUUACUUGAGACUCUAAGAAUAACCAGCUUCAAGAGACUUUCAUGCAUAACUGUGUCUUGUGUUUGUUAUUGAGUAAAAGAGCCAUUGGCUUUUUUUAUGAUCAAUACUUGUCUAUAACAAAAAUUACUUUUUCUUUGAGAACACACGCUGGUUAACCCGAUUUCGUUUCCUUCCAAUACAGCAUUGUUCGAGUCCCAGUCCUUUGGAACAAGCAUACUAAGACUGCGUAAUCUUGUCACUGGGAGGUUUCUGGCCAUUAAUUCAAAUGGGAAGGUCGUUACUCAGGUAAUAUGUUUCGCCAUCAAGGCUAAAUCAUGGCUCUGGAACAAAUCUGAAAAUCUGAAAAAUCUGAAAAAAUUUGUAAAUUAUCAAUCAUUCAUCAUUUUCGACCGUUUUCAAUGAUUACCGCAGUAGGAUUAGCUCAGUCGGUAGAGCGCUUGACUGCAGAGCGGGAGGUCUCGGGUUCGAUUCCCGGGGCCGUAACAAUACUCAGGGUCUUAAAAUAAAUGAGAAAUGGAGGUAGUGCCUUUGCACUGGAAGCGGCUGGACCUUCGCGUGGCUCGGAUGACCAUGCCAAAAAUAACGGUGCCUUUUCCAGUAGGAGACCUAGAAAUAGUGUCCCCAAUUAGUACUUUCGUGUUAAAUACAUUGACGCUAAAAUAAAGUGCAUUUUUUCAUUAUAAAGAAAGUGUUUCGUAACCAGAGAUAAAAGACAAAGAAAUGACAAAAGAUAUCUUAGGACUCAGUGGAUGAACGGAAAAAAUUUGGUUCACGGUUUUUCAUGCUGCAGACCCUACAACAGUCAAUUUCGUUGAAAUGCCUGACGAAAGUUGAGGAUUUUUCAAGUCACACAUUCUCCACGGACUUCUCUGCCUUUCGUCUUUCUCUCCUUCGCAGGACCCUAUGGGCUCUUGCCUUCCCUAAUGUCCAGACUCCUCUCUUUUUUUCAAAUGGCCCGGUAAUAAGCGUAUCACCUUUGGAUAGGGCAUAGUGUGACAAUUGUUUCAACAAAUGUGGCGACUUCUGAAGCAAAUUCAGCCAUUUCUAAGCACGUUUCAGUUCAUAUGCACUAGCAGGGUUAGAUUAAACGCCAAACUAGCGUUUGUGCAUUUCUUUUGUGGAAAAUACGUUUUUUUUUAAUCAAACGGGGUACACAAGACAGAUGAAUUUGUUUUUUUAAAUUUCUUUUCUUUUCUUUAGGCUAAAGUCACAGAUGAAAGCUUUUUUAAGACGAUGUACGAGGAAAACUAUUUUCACACCUUCGCUUCUCAUAAAUAUUUUAAACAUAGACGGCAUGAUCUCUUCCUGGGAAUCAAGCAGAAUGGACGUAGCAAAUCUCCAAAGCUAACUUACCCGGGACAAAUUUCUGUUCAGUUUGUCUUGUUGCCUAACAAUAACACAGAAGAGAAAGCUCGUAUAACGUCGCGCGCAAAACAGAAUCGUGUUAGACCAGACAAGCGAGAUAAAGGAUAGUGAACUCCGACGAAGUCUGAGGGCCCAAAAAGUGGAAAACUUUUCAUUGUAUCGGGGUGAAGAUUUGUGAUGAAUUUGAUCGUGUCAUAAGCUACAGUCUGAAAUAUUGUGAAGAUUAGCAGAAUUUUUUUUGUAGCUCCGAUAAAACGGGCAACAAAAACGUGAAACGAG